AUGUCUCCGAAACGUCGUCUUGCCCAUAACCGCCUUUUCCCGAAAAGUGUCAUGGUUUGGGCCGGUAUCACGGCAACCGGUAAAACUCCGUUGGUUUUCAUUGAAAGAAAUGUGAAAAUCAACUCGGAGGUGUACCAAAAGAUUGUGUUGAUGGAUAAUUUGUUACCCUGGGUCACUCAGCACUUUGCUGGUGGUCCAUUUAUCCUUCAACAAGACUGGGCACCGUCCCAUGGCUCGAGAUCGACAUUGGCCGUCUUGGAGGCGCAUUUCCCUGGAUUCCUGGACAAGAACUUGUGGCCUGCUUCCAGCCCGGAUCUCAAUCCGAUGGAUUUCAGCGUUUGGGGCAUGUUGGAAGGGAAGAUCGCGGGAAAAGUUUUUGCUACUGUCGAUGACUUGAAGGCCGCUCUCGAGGUAGCAUGGGCUUCGAUCGACGACGGAUACCUGCGGCGCACUGUCAAUUCGGUGAAGAAACGUUUGAGAGCCUGUGUCAAAGCUCGUGGAUCCAACUUCGAAUUUCUCUUGUAA